AUGGAUCUCAUUCAUAUUUUAUAUGUUCUCUUCUACCCCGUAUUUGUGUCUUUCCUGUGUGCUGUGCUUGCGACCAACACUAUCGAACAGACAACUCAAGUGAUCGAGUUGUACACAAAUUUGCCAGAGGAGCGACCUGUCGGACAGGUGGUAAUGCGACUGGCUGAGGAACUCGAGCGUCACGAUCGACAAGCACAGCGUAACUAUCGUUUGCCAAGUGGAAACACUCGAUUUCAUCUACUACCCACACACGAUGCCUCACUGUUUCAUAUCAAUACAGACGGAUCUUUGGUGAUUGCCAAACGUCUGGACUAUGAAGAAUUGUGUGAUUCAACCCGUCUGACUAAACGCGUGCUUCCAACACAGGGACAUCUCAGUAUGCAUGAAACCGCAUUUGGUAGAUCAUCCGCUAACACACCCCUGUGUCAACUGCAUGUUCGUGUACUCAUACUCCAAACCGCUGCCUCCGCGGUUGGUACGCGCAAAGAUCAUAGGGGUGACAAGGGAGAGAACAGCGCCGGUAGCGCUGGCAGUCAACGCCAGUUGCGUACUAUCGCAAUCAAAAUAACCUUACUAGACACGAAUGACAAUCGACCGACAUGUACUUUGAGUCGACCAAGAAAAUUGGAGACAUCGGCAUACUCUAACACCGAUUGGAUCAACGUAGCUGAAAACACUCCAAUCGGUACAGUGAUCGCGAAAUGGAAACUGUCUGACAGGGAUACCAUGCCAAACGGAAUCACCGAUGCUCGUCUGUUUGGAACAAAAAAUGGAAAAUCUACCCUGCUGAGCAGUGGUGAAUUACCUUUUCGAUUGCAAUUUGAUCAAACAAUGGGUCCUUGGUCAGUUGUUGAUUUGAAAUUAGUGCUUACUAAAAGUGUGGAAUACAUCGAUCAACAAGAGCAACAACAACAACAAAUAAGCCGUGAUUAUUCCGAUGAAUUGGAUGUGUAUAAUCUAAAAAUUGUCAUACUGGAUUCUAAAGAAACACAUGCAUCCACCAGUCCGACCGGUAUUACUGUUGGUGGUGGGGGUGUUGGUGGGGCAGGAAGUGAGGGUGUAGUUGGUUUGUCAUGGAAUGCAGCCUCUUUAUCAUCUGCGGUUGGAAUCAGUUGUCAUUUACAAGUUCGCAUCACGGACAUAAAUGAUCACAAUCCUGUCUGGAUAAGUCCGGUGAAUUUUGUGAACGGUCAGCCGUUUGAGUUGGAGCUGACGGAAAGUAAAUCUUAUGCUCAACGCGAACUUCUUCGACUCAAAGCGAUCGACGCAGACCGCGGACCGAAUGCUCGCAUUGCUUAUCACUGGGCUCCGCGAAAUCACUUAAAUUUGACCAAUGAGCUAAGUUUGAAUUCGGUUGCCGAUACUACUUAUCAGGAAUUGGUAUCGCGACUGUUCUAUCUGGAUGCGGCCACAGGGUCGUUACAAUUACGAGGGACCAAUGUGGAUUUUGAAUCCAUCAGCCGAUUACAUCCACGUGAACCGGAUUCCAUUGGCCCACUCCCUGGGCGUUUGGCCAUCACUUUACGCGUGAUUGCGUCAGAUCAACCAGUGAAUCAAAGUGAGCAACGUCUUAGUCCGGUUGGGAUUAUUACGGUUUGGUUAUUGGAUGUGAAUGACAACAGUCCACACAUUCAAAUUAUUGGGUUACACAGUGCUGUCGAUUUGCCCGAAUUCCCAUUCCCGUUGACCAAUACCCCACCAAUCUAUCCACAGAUAGUUUAUAUUGCAGAAAAUUUACCAAUAAACGAACCAGUUGCAUUUAUCACGGUGACUGAUGAGGACAGUGAAGCUCAUGGUGGAUUGGCAUGCACGUUACAUCAGUCGACAGCUGAUCGAAUGGGAUCGGAAUUGCAAGCAUUUCAGUUAGUCAAACUAACUCAGCAGACAGGAUCAGAGGACCCAACGCACACAUAUCUUCUACCGGACACUCUCCAGUCGAUAGACGCCACCCGUUCGAUCAACUAUAAACUGAUCACAACACAAAGUUUGGAUCGUGAACGCAUGGGUGCCUACCAUUUGAAUCUUACUUGUAGAGAUAGUUUGAUCAAUGCUGUAGCUAGCAAUCCGGGAGCACAACUCACAGCUUAUCGCACGAUUGAAGUAGUCGUAACCGAUCGGAAUGACAAUCAUCCACGUAUUGUUGGUGUCAUAGAUCGUUUUAUGGGAAAGAUUAAUACCAGUACUACUCCGGCCGGUGCGUUUGUCUGCACGGUUCGCGAACAUGCACCAUUCGGAACAAAAAUAUGCCAACUGCGUGCGGAAGAUCUGGAUCAGACUGGGACAGGUGCGGGUAUCAGUAGUGCUACAGCGUCAAACAAUAAUCCACUUACAGGUAGGGAACAUUUUCAAUGGUGGAUUGAAGAUUCCGUGCGUCCAUUGAUCGAUGUAGAAAGAGAGACUGGGUGGCUAGUAGUGCAAUCGCAAUUGCAACCGGUAGAGCAGCAGCAAUAUCAACAACAACAACACCCAAAACCCAAUCCAUCGGAAUCUGUCCAUAAUAGGAGAACUGAAGUGAUCAUGGCAUCCUCACAGUUAGAUAGAGAGGUUCUCACCGAGCUCUCUUUUACUGUUUACGUGCAAGAUACGCCACAAACCAAGGGAGAGAAUCGUCUGACAGCCAGUGCAACAGUUCUGUUACGAAUCCUUGAUAUCAAUGACCAUGUCCCGAAAAUUUCGGAAUAUAACUAUUUUCAAAUAUCGGAAGCCGCCGUGCCAGGUACAGUGAUUGGGAAUCUGGUUGCUUUGGACGGUGAUGAACCGGAUAAUCCAAAUUCCGCUCUCACAUAUCAUAUCUACUCACACGGAGAUGGUAUUGAUCCAACCGGACGAGAACUAACAGUGUUGAACCGUUCACCUACUGAUUCAAUGAUGAAUGAACUUCGAGAUAUCAAGACUAUGAAAAUAAGUACCAUUGUGCGCUAUGUAGCAAUUGAGUCUCAACUUCUGACAUGA